AUGAUAAAAUAUAGUAUAAUUGCCUGUGCUGCUCUGCUCUUUACUUUGAUCCAGGCUCAAUUGGUUGUCAAGGAUGUGAAGCCAAGGGCCUUCAUUUUAACAGAUAUCUCGAACGAGCCAGACGAUGCAGAGAGUCUAGUCAGAGCUCUGUUGUACUCCAACGAGAUAGACUACAAAGGAAUUGUGGCAACCACUUCUUACUGGCUCAAUGAUACAAUUCACGUUGAAGACAUAUAUCCGAUUCUUGACGCCUAUGAGAAAGAUCACUCAAACCUUUUGAAGCAUUCGCCACAUUUCCCUACAGCUGAUUACCUUCGCUCAAUUGUCAGCAGUGGGCAUCCGGUAUAUGGAACUCUUGCCUUUGACUUUCCAAAGAUAAGCGAAGGCGCGGCAAAUCUGAUCAAAGCCGUUGAUGCGACUCCAGAUACCGAAAAAAUUUGGAUCUUGAUGUGGGGUGGUGCGGGUGUUCUCGCAGAAUCUCUGAACGAGAUCUCGAAAACCAAAUCCAAGAAGUAUGUGGAGAGAUUUGUGGAGAAACUCAGGGUUUAUUCCAUUUCAGACCAAGAUGAUGCAGGUUCAUGGAUUAGACUCACAUAUCCAAGGUUAUUCUAUAUUGCAUCUAUCCAUGGAUGGAAUCAAUAUGCCCUAUCCAGCUGGGUUGGCAUAUCAGGGGAUCUAUAUAACAGCUACGACAGCGGUGGUCCGGACAUAAACUUUGUUUCAAAAGAGUGGAUAUCCAAAAACAUUCAGAAAGCAGGCGGUAACCUUGGGACUGUUUAUCCUGACUAUAUGUUUAUCAUGGAAGGUGACACUCCCUCUUUGUUGCAUAUUAUACCUAACGGACUUAACGAUCCAGAAAAUCCAAAGCAUGGUGGAUGGGGUGGUCGUUAUGACGUGGUUGACAUUUCCGGGCGCCUCAACCAUUACGCUGGCGUCACCGAUAACGUUGUUGGCCUAAAUGGUAUCACUCACCUAAGCGAUAAGGCCACUAUUUGGAGAUGGCGCGAAGAUGUUCAAAACGACUUUGCAGCCAGGAUGCAAUGGACGGUGAAGUCCUUCGAAAGUGCGAACCAUGCACCAGUGGUCAUUGUCAACGGUAGCGAGUCCGUAAAACCUUUAGAGUUACAAGUCGAAACUGGAUCAGAAGUUUAUUUGGAUGCAACCGCUUCUUAUGAUCUAGAUUCCGGAAGAGACGGAAAAUUGAGCUUCAAGUGGUUCCAGUACAGGGAUGCUAGCGCAACCAUGUCCAAUGCCCAGAAAGAGGUUGCCGCUAUAGACAUCAACAGCUCCGAAGGAAAAGCUCAUUUUACAGUCCCUGAUCUCAAAGCAGCAUGCUACAAUGUUUUGGGAAAAUACUUGGGCGACGAUCACUGCUACUCUUACCAUAUCAUUUUGGAAGUGACUGAUGCCGGAUCACCUCCAAUGAAAUCUUAUAGAAGAGUUAUUUUGCACACCAAACCAAAGAAGCAAGAAGAGGAAUCGAAGCACGAUGAACUUUGA